AUGAACAAAAUGAAAACGCAAGGUCUUGUGUCGGAUUUGAUGCCAAACAUCAAACUGAUGCAAAUGGCUGGACAUUUUUUGUUCAAUUACCACUCAGAAAAUGGUGGAAUGUCCGUACUCCUCCGUAAAAUCUACGCUUGUGUCCAUGCUAUCCUCAUCGUCAUCCAAUAUUUAUGCAUGGGCGUCAAUAUGGCUCAAUAUUCAGAUGAAGUCAACGAGCUCACUGCUAAUACAAUUACCGUGCUGUUUUUUGCUCAUUCAAUUAUUAAGUUGUUAUUCUUUGCCCUCAACUCUAAGAGUUUUUAUAGGACCUUGGCAAUGUGGAAUCAAUCGAAUAGCCACCCACUUUUCACCGAAUCAGAUGCAAGAUAUCAUCAAUUGGCUCUUACCAAGAUGAGAAGAUUAUUGUACUUUAUCUGCGCCAUAACUGUACUCAGUGUUGUUUGUUGGGUUACAAUAACAUUCUUUGGAGAGUCAGUGCGUUUGAUUACAAACAAGGAAACAAACGAAACUCUGACGGAGCCUGCUCCAAGAUUGCCAAUAAAAGCUUGGUACCCAUUUAAUGCAAUGAGUGGCACAAUGUACGUUGCAGCUUUUAUAUUUCAGGUUUACUGGCUUCUUUUCUCCAUGGCGAUUGCCAAUCUGUUGGAUGUGAUGUUCUGCAGCUGGUUGAUUUUCGCGUGUGAGCAACUACAACACCUCAAGGCCAUCAUGAAACCACUUAUGGAACUGAGCGCUUCUCUUGAUACUUAUCGACCGAAUACUGCUGAGUUAUUUCGCGCUUCUUCAACAGAAAAAUCUGAGAAGAUUCCUGAUACGGUGGAUUUAGAUAUUAGAGGCAUUUAUUCCACUCAGCAAGAUUUUGGAGUAACAUUACGGGGCGCUGGAGGAAGACUUCAAAACUUUGGCCAACCAACUCCAAACAAUCCAAACGGGCUAACUCAGAAACAGGAGUUGUUGGCUAGAUCAGCUAUUAAAUAUUGGGUUGAACGCCAUAAACACGUCGUAAGGUUGGUGGCUUCCAUAGGAGAUACCUAUGGUACUGCUUUACUGUUCCAUAUGUUGGUGUCGACGAUUACGCUAACUUUGCUAGCUUACCAGGCAACAAAGAUCGACGGAAUAAAUGUGUAUGCUUUUAGCACCCUUGGGUAUUUGGGUUACACGCUUGGACAAGUUUUUCAUUUCUGUAUCUUUGGUAACAGAUUAAUAGAAGAGAGUUCAUCAGUGAUGGAAGCAGCCUACUCCUGUCAAUGGUACGAUGGUUCAGAAGAAGCAAAGACUUUCGUUCAAAUAGUGUGUCAACAAUGUCAAAAGGCAAUGAGUAUUUCAGGAGCGAAGUUCUUCACAGUGUCAUUGGACUUGUUUGCUUCGGUGCUUGGUGCUGUUGUCACGUACUUCAUGGUGUUGGUCCAACUGAAGUAA